AUGCAGGAGGUAAAGCUGGAGCCCACCGUCAUCAGUUACAGCGCUGGGAUCAGCGCGUGCGAGAAGGGCGAGGAGUGGCAGCGGGCGCUGACUCUGUUGAGCGAGAUGCGGGAGGUGAAGCUGGAGCCCAAUGCCAUCAGCUACAGCGCUGGGGUCAACGCGUGCGAGAAGGGUGGGCAGUGGCAACAGGCAUUGAGCAUGCUCAGAAUCAUGCGUUUGAGAAAGUUGAACGUUGACUUCAAUGUCUACGGGAUUACAGCCAGCAUGUGCGAGCAAGGCGGGCAAUGGAGCCAAGCGCUGUCCUUAUUCAGGGAAGUGCAUGUCCAAGUUACCGGAGGCUGA